UCGAUAUUUGCGUUACUUUCGCUCAAAAAAUCGCUUCGAUUCUCUCUCCCCUCUCGCCGUUUCGUUCCCCUCUCUUCCGGUGACACUCCAGAAAAAAAAGUAUAGAAACCCUAGCCGCGAUUCUCAUCGUCUUCUUCCCGAUUUUGAUUUCAAUCGACUCGUUUAUGUUUGUUUGCAUGUUUUUGUUGCUUCGUUUUUGCUUUUUUUUUUGCAGACGCCAGGAAAACUCGAAAGCCGUGAUUUCUCUCUCUUUCAUCCAGUUUUUCUGCUACAGCAUGUCAAAGUAUAAGAGGAGGAAGUUUCUGGAGGAGUCCAACGGUGCUUCUGGAGAGUACCCUGAGUACGGCGCGAUUUUCAUGUCCAAUAGCUCCACAAGAAGGGAAUGCUUAAGGAGAGAGAUUUUCGGUUUGCCGAUGGGGCUAGCUGGUUUUGUGAAACAGGUCAAAGCUGGGAUGUUUUUGUUUUUGUUUGAGUUCGAGAGUAGGGAGCUACAUGGUGUCUUUCAGGCUUGCUCUGAUGGUGCUAUCAACAUUGAGCCUGAUGCUUUCUGCUCUUCUGGCAAACAGUUUCCUGCUCAGGUUAAGUUUACUGAAAAGUGGCGUUGUAGGCCACUUGGUGAAAUGGAGUUUCGUCAUGUGAUUAGUGAUAAUUACUUUACGGCUAAAAAGUUUAACUUUGGACUCUCAAAGUCACAGGUUCAAGGACUAUUGAAGUUGUUUAGCUUGAAGAAGGUAGAGAGAUCAAAGCCCUCAAGAAAAUUAGAAAGUAGGAUGGGAAAUACAGCUGGUGAUCGCGGUUUUAGGAAUCGUCGUGCAGAAGAAACUGAGGGAGAUGUGGAUUAUGAGUUUCACAGCAGAGGUAAAUCUGCAGGAGAUAUGCCAGGUCGUAGGUUAUCAGAAAACUAUGGGUUGAGGGAUAAAUCUGAUAGUGGCGUCAAAAACGAAGAGAGGGAGUACUCCCGAGAUGCGUCUGGGGUUUUUAGGAGACUCGGUGGUCCCAAAUUGCAUGUGUUUGAGGAUAGAUAUGACCCUAGCAUGAAAAACAGCUCUAGAACAGAUGAUGACUCUGAUUAUUCGCUAGUUAAUGGUCGAAGUGUCCCAAAGAACUUGAGUCACACCGCAAGUGGCUGGCCAGAAAACGAGUACCAUGAAAGAGAUGGUUUCACACUUGAAAGAGAUGGUUUCAACCACGAGGAACACCUUACAUUUGAAGAAGAUUCUGCUGUUCCUGCUCAAAGCUCAAUACCUCCAGAAUCAGCAUAUGGAACAAACACAGAAUACUAUGACCCUUGUAAUCCUGGGAUCAUGGGAGGUGCAGUGAUGGAAAGCUCUAGGCAUGAUAUUGAUGAUGAACCGGACUACUACAUUCCAAUGCCUACUGAACAUCCUGAAUACCAAACUAGCACUGGCAUGACUGGAGUAGCUUGUUCUGAAUCUGAACCUAGAUAUGGUCAUUCUCAGCUUCCUGGUUUCCUAGCUUCUGCGGAAGCCACGGAGAACAUGAUGAUGAAUUCUGAGAGGCCGUCUUACCCCAGCCACAGCAUCUACCCUUCUUUUGCUUACCCUUUGUCGACAGAUUUGUCUCCUAACGAUGCAAUCAACUAUAAAACUUCAGCAUAUCAACACCAGGAAGAACAUGGAGGUCAUUCUUCAUAUUUAAACGAUAGAGUGGCUAGGGAUUCCAGGAUUUACCCUUCUUUUCCAUAUCCUUCAAAGGCAGGUGAUGGAGUUGAUUUGUAUCAAGAGAACAGAACUCAGAACAAAGUUCAAGUUUAUCAACAACAUGAAGAUUUUGGCGGUGAGGCUUUUGACUCUGAUAGUAGAGUGAUUCGAAUGAAUGAGCGAAGUAGUCCUGCUGAAUUUGAAAGAACGAGAGCCAGGAAAAGUGUCUUUAGUAGGCUUGCUAUGCCUUCAAAAGAACGUGAGGCUGAAGAGGAUACUUCUCCGGUCAGUGAACCAAACGAUGAGGUAAUGGCCUUUCUAAACGACUGUCAAAAACAUUUGAUGGAGCAAAAAAGACCAGAUGCAACUGAUCCUGCGAGGUUUAUUAAACCCAAGAAGAAAAAGCAAAAGAUCCAUACAAAAGAGGUUCUUGGCGAUGAUGGUUCGAUGCUUCCUUUUGUUGAGACUGGUCCAGAUGAUCAGUUGGAACAUAGUGAUCAGAAGCCACCAUUCAUAGAUUUUAAGCGCCGUAGCCAAGUUGAAAAGAGCAGUGUUAAUCCAAGUCAAGAGUGUAAAGACAGCCUCGAUGAUUCAGCUCCUCAAGACAAGAAAAGGAAGCUGGUGAGACCAAAACUAACUGAAGAUGACUCGGAAAAGGAUAGAGGAAACAAUGACAACCCUAUCGAAAACGACAUGGCCCCAAAGUCAGCUAGUGAAGCCCCCCUCCUUGAUCUCCUUGCACGGUUUGGUCAAUAACCAUUCUGCUUUCACUUGGAGAUGGAAAAAAGGACAGAACAAAGGCUGUUUCUACAAGUGAAUGUGGGCGUUGUUCCUUAGCAGUUGUGUCUUUUAGUUUCUUCCCAAGACGAGGGUCGUAAAUCUCUUUUUUGUUGUGUUAGAAGUGUAUCUUCGUAAACAACAAUGCUUACAUGCUUUUUGUGCAAAGCAGUUUCAAGUAAGGACGGCUUUGGUCUAUGGUACAUGUUUUCAAUCUCUUUGCUAGGGUUUUGUAAAUGACAUUGCAUAAGGCAAUUGUUCAAGAGGAAUCUCAAAUUUUAGGA